AUGGUGGCUCGCACAUUUCAAGUUCUUCACAACGACUCCAACUUUGAUCUCGAAUACGACACCGACGAUGGCUUCGAAGUUUUUCAAUUCCAGCUUUACUCUCUCACUUCCGUUCCACCCGAUCAUCAAAAGAUUUAUGGAGCUGAACCUAAUUCCCAAAUUUCCACUGAUUCUGAUCUAGCAAGCAUUUCUGAUAAAUUACGACUUGUCUCCAUCGAUGAUGAUUCUCAACAACCUGAAUCAAGCUCUAAUCAGUUCUUGAAAUCCGAUGAGGAAUUAGCUAGGCUUUUGCAGGCUGAAGAGGAAGCACUCAUGUUGCAGCAGUAUGUUGCUGGUGAAGAUACUCAGCAAUUUGAGAGUAGAGUACGACCUUAUGUUACUCAAGUCCUCAUGUAUGAAGAUGAAAAUCGCCAGGAGGCUGCUCGGAAGUCUGUUCCUGUGGAAGAGCUUGACGAGAAAGCAUUGGUUUCUUUGGCCAAAGAGGGGAAUUUCAAUCCUUCAAAAAUAGAACGAGAUCAUGCUUUCCUGCUGCAACUGCUUUUCUGGUUCAAGCUAUCCUUCAGAUGGGUGAAUUCACCAGCUUGUCACGGUUGUGGCAACGAAACUGUAGGCCAGGGUAUGACUGCUCCAAUUCCUUCUGAAACUCGUUAUGGAGCUUCCAGGGUUGAAAUAUACCGCUGCACCAUUUGCUCCAAAAUGACUCGCUUCCCCCGGUAUAAUGAUCCAAAAAAGCUUGUGGAAACAAGAGAAGGCCGCUGUGGAGAAUGGGCCAAUUGCUUUACGCUUUAUUGUCGAGCUUUUGGCUACGAGUCACGUCUGAUCUUGGACUUUACAGAUCAUGUUUGGACAGAGUGCUUCUCUGAAUUCCUGGGAAGAUGGAUGCAUCUUGACCCAUGUGAAGCCAUCUAUGACAAGCCAUUAUUAUAUGAGAAAGGGUGGAAUAAGAAAUUAAAUUAUGUUAUUGCCAUUGCGAAAGAUGGAACUUAUGAUGUCACCAAACGGUACACAAGGAAGUGGCACGAGGUCCUAUCUCGACGAACUAUGCUUACAGAGCCUUCUCAGUCAUCUAUACUUGCUGAUAUAACCAAAGAAUGUCGAAGAGGCUUUUCAUCACAACUAGUUUCAAUAAUUGAAGCUCGUAAUAUGGAAGAAAACCAACAACUUGAGAGAAGUUUGCAUUCUGAAAAUGACGAGUCCCUCUCAUUACCUGGAAGAAGAAGUGGGAAUGAGCAAUGGCGCAAAUCCAGAUCUGAAAUUGGUUCUGAUAACCUAAGUUCAUCUGAUUGUCCAGUUCGUUUGUGCGUAGAUGAGCAUGUGACUAAGAUUUAUAAUGCGUUCCGUCCAGUGCUCCAUCAAUUUAUUGAGGAAGAACUAACAAAGGCUGAAGCUGUCGAAGUACUUGGGAUUACGAAAGGAAUUCUCUUGGAUCUUCGCAGUUCCCCUUUUAAAUCAAGAAGGGCCUCCAUUGAUUCACUUCUAAACGACCCAAAGUUUCAGAAACUUUUGCCAUCUUUUCACAGUUUACUUGAUGCACUUUCACUCGAAAAAAAAGUGAGUACAGAUGGGAGGGUUGAAAUUUGUUUGGCUGGUAACCCUGUAGUAACUUCUUUAGCAUUGCCUGUUGUGCUAGACGCUCUAGAUGAUAUGGUUCACAAUCUUAAAAAGUGUGAAAACUAUGGGAAAGAUAUGUUUCUGUUGCCCUUACUGAGGUUAAAUAGAUUACAUUCCGGUUCAGUCGUUGCAAGUGCUGAGGAGUUGCCGUUAGGGAUUGUAACAUCAGCAUUUGAUGGAACUCAAAUAUCAAAAUGGGAAGAACCAAAUGGAGCAAAAGGUUCUUGGUUCGUGUAUAGAACAUUGGAUAACAAGAGGUUUGAGCUUAUAGCAUAUGAAUUGAUGUCAGCCAAUGAUGCCCCAGAAAGGGAUCCAAUGGAUUGGAUUCUUGAAGGGAGCAAUGAUGAGGGGGUCAGUUGGCAAGUUUUGGACAAGCAAACGUCACAGUUUUUUGAAAACCGUUUCCAACGUAAAACAUACAUGAUCAACUCAUCAAGUUUUCCAUCUAAUCUCUUCAGGUUUAGGUUUCUGGCAGUCAAAGACAUUCAUUCUACUUCCCGGCUACAAAUUGGUAGCAUUGACCUCUAUGCCAAAACAUCAUGA